UAACAAGCAAGCCGGCUAGCCUCGGCUGAAAGUAGGUUGACGCUCGCUUCUCUGGAAAUUGACGCGUCGCUCAUUUUUAAAUUCCCCCGUUUUACCGGGACGAGAAAACUACGACUUUUUUUUUAACGUCGCAGGAGAGGUACUCUGAAAAGUACCCGUCCAAUGUAACGAUAAAGACUUGACGUGAGAUCCGCACCGCCGCUCUAUGGUGCCGCAACGUGAGGAGGUCAAAGAUUCCGAUGUCGUUGCCAUGUGUCAGGCUCCCACGCCGAGUCGACGCCAAGACCUCACGACGCAUUGAUCCCGGGUGCCACCGGUGCCCGCGUCCUCCACGACACCACCUCGCCUCCUCGGCUGCCCGUAUGGUAGAUUCACAGAUGUCUUCCUCACGACUGAAAGGUCCCAUCUGACAUGGUAACCCUGAAAAGGAUCAAAAUGACCUCAAGCAUCGAUCAGGAUGACCGAAGCAUCUUUGGGUUAGUGGACGACGAUGACAAGGACAAAGCAAAGCGCGUGUCCCGCAACAAGUCGGAGAAGAAGCGGCGAGAUCACUUCAACGUCUUGAUCAAGGAGCUGGGCACCAUGUUGCCGGGCAACAGCCGCAAGCUGGACAAGUCCACCAUUUUGCAGAAGAGCAUCGACUUCCUGCAGAAACAACAAGAAAUCUCCGCGCAGUCCGAGUCGACAGAUAUCAGGCAGGACUGGAAGCCUCCGUUUCUUAGCAACGAGGAGUUCACGCAACUGAUGUUGGAGGCAUUAGACGGCUUCUUCCUGGCCAUCACGACCGACGGGAACAUCAUCUACGCCUCGGAGAGCGUCACGUCGCUGCUGGAGCACCUCCCCUGCGAUCUUGUGGAUCAGAACCUGUUGAACUUCCUGCCCAGCGGGGAACACUCCGACGUCUACAAGCUGCUGUCCUCGCACGUUGCCGAAGGGGAGAUGCUGACGCCCGAAUAUCUGAAGACCAAGAACCAGCUGGAGUUCUGCUGCCACAUGCUCCGAGGGACAAUGGACCCCAAGGAGCCGCCUGUGUACGAAUACGUCAAGUUCAUUGGAAAUUUCAAGUCCCUAAACAACGUGCCAAACUGCACGCACAAUGGAUUGACGGGGGUCGUCAUUCAGCGAUCGCUCCACUCGGCCUUUGAGGAGCAGCUGUGUCUCGUAGCCACCGUGCGGCUCGCCAAACCCAAAUUCAUCAAGGAAAUGUGCACUGUCGAGGAGCCCAAUGAAGAAUUCACCUCCAGACACAGUUUAGAGUGGAAAUUUCUCUUCUUGGACCACAGAGCGCCUCCUAUCAUAGGUUACCUGCCGUUUGAAGUCUUGGGCACAUCCGGCUAUGACUACUACCACGUGGACGACCUGGACACGCUUGCCAAAUGCCACGAGCACCUCAUGCAAUACGGCAAAGGAAAGUCCUGCUACUACCGAUUCCUGACCAAAGGGCAGCAGUGGAUUUGGCUCCAGACUCAGUAUUACAUCACGUACCACCAGUGGAACUCUCGGCCGGAGUUCAUUGUCUGCACUCACACUGUCGUCAGUUACGGUGAAGUGAGAUCGGAGCAGCUGCGAGAAGCGGGGCCGAAAGCGUCGCCGCCGGAGAUGACGCCAGACAAGUCGCGCGACUCCGGCUUAGAGUCGCAGCCCAACGCCUCCAAUAUGAAGGAGGUGCUAGAGCGCUUUGGAGACAGAAGGACGCCCUCGGCAUCGUCGCGCAGCUCCCUAAAAUCCUCACGCGCGCCGCUGUCAGAGGCCUCCUCGUCCCAAGUGAAGCUCCAAGGAGGCCGGAGCACGCCGGGUCACCAGGCCACAUCCAACGCGGGCGAGGCUUCGCAAAGAAGACCGUCAAUCACCAGCCAGCAGUCCGUGAGCUCCCAAAACACAGUACAGACGACAUUGAUGGUUCCACAACAGCAACAACAACAACAACAACAACAACAACAACAACAAGUGCAGACCACUGUCCCGGCGUCAUCGGUGCAGUUCUCCGGCCAGCUGGAUAGCGUGCAGCACAUGAAGAAGCAGCUGGAGCAGCGCACCCACGCCAUCGAGAACAACAUUCAGCGGCAGCUGGACGAGCUGUGGAGGAUCCAGCAGGAGCUGCAGAGGGUGCAGGAGCAGAGCCUGCAGAUGCUUGUGCAGAAAGGGGCCGUUAAUAUGACCGCCGUGCAGGUGGCCCCCCAGAUGGCCCAGGGGCCCCCCGUUCUCGGCAUGCAGGGCCAAGUGGUCUCCGCGGGCCCGCUGCAGACCACCGUCCAGCAACAACAGAACACAGCACUGGCACAGCCUUCACUGGCAGCGUCUCUGUUCAACACAGUGAUGAUCCCGCAACAAAAUGCCACCAACGUUCUCCAAAUUGCCAGCAGCCUGCCUCCGAACACGGCCGCCAACGCUCCCACUGUCGCCACUUUCACGCAAGACCGCAACGCCCAAAUUAGGUUUCCAGCCACCCGCCAGCUACUCACCAAGCUGGUAACGGGCCAGAUGGCGUGCGGGGCGGUCAUGGUGCCGUCCACCAUGUUCAUGGGCCAAGUGGUGACGGCGUUCGCCCCACAGCCGGUCCCCACGCAGACCAUCAGCAUCGCCCAGCAGCCGACGCAGCAACAGCAGCAUGAGCAGCAGGUUCCACGGAUGCUUCCUGGAAGUCAGUUGAUCUUGCCGGCGGGGACCUUCCCAUUACAGCAGGCGGGAGCGUUCGCCGCCUCCGCAUCCGCCAACCAGCAGAAACAACAGCCGCACGCCCACUAAACGGACACUGAGACCAGUCACACGGUCCCGCAGCCGCAGCAGCUGCUUAAAGCUACCAGGGGGUGAGGGUGGCGAACAGGACUGAACCCCCUGAAAGUUUGCACUGAAGGCUGCAACGGCGCCCACGUGUGGAAGUGUCGUCGCAGCAUCACUUACUGCCAGGGUUUCCCCAAACUGUUUCACCUCAAUCAGUUCAAGAGUCCAUUGCUAGAGCGCCCGCAUACACUACUCAGAAAAAGUCGGGCAUAUUGGGUCUUCGGGGGGAAUUUCAAAAUGUACGUGAAAUGCCCUUUGACCUCAACAGCUGAGCUUGAUGUGACCUUCUCAAAGCAAUUUGCUGUUCUCUAGCAAGAAGGUGAUCAGCAAAAUGGCUGCUUAGAUUAAUUCUGAGAUCUCACCCAAUGGCCAAUAUCAUCAAUGUUUCGCCAGUUGUUGAUACUUUUAACUUUUUACAACAAGCACGCCACGACCCGAUUAAAACUGACCUAUGGCCCUUUUUCGGGCCCCCGGCCCACAGUUUGGGGAAUAAUGCAAUUUUGCCCCCGGAUGAACUAUUUUUAUGAAAAGAAUGUGCUCUCUAUUGGAGUUUUAGCUACGGCAUUGAAGGUCGUGAAAUAUAUCUUGUAAAUAUUUAACAGGGGAAAGAAGUGCUAUUUUAUAUGACACGGGAGGAUGAAUCUGCUCUUUUUGUAGUGUUGACUAUGGAGGAAAAGACAUUUCCUCUAAUGACAAUCCUUCAUGAAAUUUGCCAAAAAUUAUUCAAAUGUGCUGCAAAAAAUAUUUUUGUUUGUUUUGUUUUUUUUUAUAACCCACCAGUUACAAGCUCGUUCAUUGCCUGCUUUGUUUUUGUUUUUUUAACCACAUACAGCAUUUAUUACUUCUGGUUAUCUCAACACAUUCAUGGUCCUGCGUUUAAGAGAAAAAAAUGUUUGCUUCAAAUAAAGUUACCAUGUCACUCAAA